UGGAUUGAAUAAUAAUAUUGUUUAUUCGCAUUUUCAAGCAGGUACACUUUUCAAAUGCCUUAUUAUUUAAAUAUGAGAUAUCAAUUUUGUCCCGUGAAAUACGAUACUCCAUCUAAUUUCACUAUGCCCCCACUGAUCACUAUUUAUCAAUGAUUUUCGCGCAUGCCUCGUAGUGCUUUCAGCGCCAAAGCUGCAGACCAGUUUCUAGUUGUGGUAAUAAGAGGCACGCGUUUCUACAUAUCUGAUUUGAUUCCUGACAAUAAAAGCCUAGCAAGGUGGUGUAAAGAUUUGUGUAUAAAGACAUCUGCGAUUAAUUAGAUUAGUACUAUUGUGUAAUGGCUGAGUAUUACUUUAUCGAUUAAAGUUCCUGCUGUACGUAGAUAAUCUUAAUGACAUACAAUUUUGUAAAUGGUAUAUUUCUUUAGCUAACGUGUAAUUACCCACAACACAGAAACUGUUUAAUACUGAAUAAGUUACAAAGACGAACCCUAAACGUAAUCAUACGUUGUAAAUUCAACUAGACCAUGUGGGGGAAGCAGUUCAUUUUAACAAUACUCAUAUCAACAACAUUCGGAUGCUAUUUAUUUCCUAGCGACGUGCCGGAUCCGUGCCGCGGUGUGACGUGCGGCCCUGGAGAGUUGUGCAGACCCACAUCCGAUGGACGAAGUUACAUUUGCGAGUGUCCGCCCUCCUGUCCUAGCUAUGGGGACCACGAUGGAGCCCAACCACUUUGCGGCAGUGAUGCUAGGGAUUACAACGGUGAAUGCGAGAUGCGACGAGCUGCUUGCGAAGCAAACACUAAUAUAACUUUUAAAUAUUACGGAAAGUGUGAUCCUUGCGCAGGAGUUACCUGUCCAGAUCCAGAAGUUUGUCAGUUGGACGAAAAGAGAUCUCCUUCCUGUCGAUGUGCAGAGCCCUGUUCUCUAGAAUUUUCUCCCGUUUGUGCGUCUGACGGCAAAACAUACUCUAACGAGUGUCAGAUGCAUAGGGAAUCCUGUCGAGCCAGAAAACAGUUGAAGAUCAUUUUCAAAGGGCAAUGCAGUACAGGCGUAAACCCAUGUGCAGAGGUGGAAUGUCGUCACGGCGCGGAAUGUCGAGUUGAAGGUAGCGGCGCAGUGUGCGCGUGUCCGACACCCUGUGAACCCGUAUUACGGCCUGUGUGCGGUUCGGACGCACGCACUCACGAUAGCGAGUGCGAAUUGCGCCGUACUGCAUGUCUUCUUGGUAGAGAGCUGAAGGUGCUGCAUGCCGGAGCUUGUGGUUCAAACGGCGUUUGCGCAGAUCGUAACUGCCCUCACGGCGGAGAAUGUGUGUCCUCUGGCGGUCGGGGUGUUUGUAGAUGUCCUCGCUGCUCCAACGAAUUCGCCCCUGUUUGUGGGUCAGACGGGAUUUCAUAUGGGAACAGAUGCAAAUUGCAAUUGGAAGCUUGUAGACAUCGACGUGACGUCCAAGUACUAUAUGACGGGCCCUGCAAUGGUUGCGAGAAUAAGAAGUGUGAUUUUUAUGCUGUAUGUGAGAGCGAUGGAGUCUCAGAAGCCAGUUGCGUUUGUCCUAAGCACUGUGAAGAAGGGACUGAAACUGAGGAAGUAUGUGGAAACGAUAAUCAAACAUACAGUAGCGUGUGUUCUCUCCGUAACAAAGCUUGCCGUGAAAAGAAACGAAUUUUUGUGAAGCACAUGGGUUCUUGUGAAUCCUGCCAGAAUGUCCAAUGCCCCAACGGUAUGUGGUGUUCCCGAGGGAAAUGUGCGUGUUCCGGUCAUUGUGAAAGUGGGGCUCAUGAGCCAGUCUGCUCUGAUACAAAACAGACAUUUCCUAACGAAUGUUUCCUACUACAAGCCGCUUGCGAAGCCAAAAUGAGGGGAGAAUCGGCUAUACGGGUUGCAUAUUAUGGGGAGUGCUCGGAAGCAUUGGAUGAUAAUGGCAAUUCUGGCAACAAAACAAAACUAAGGGACAGCAAUGAUAUAGUUCACGGAACGGACACAAUGAAAGUGGCUUCUGGAGCCGUAUGCGCAAGAGUGCAAUGCGCAUAUGAAGCUACAUGCGCAGUAGAUGGAAAUGGGCAACCGCGUUGUGCAUGCCUGUUUGAUUGCGCAGCCGCAAGCGCAAUAUCCGCUCCGGUUUGCGCAUCCGACUUGCGACUGUAUCCCAAUUUGUGUCAUAUGAAGCUUGAAGCAUGUCGCCGACAGGAGGAUUUACGAUUAAGACCCUUAGCGCUUUGUCGAGGAUUAGAGUUCCGACCUUGCGGUGAUGACGAGCCGCUGACUGAUGCUGAAGGGCGAAUAAUGGACUGUGGGGGUGGACCACAUCGUAAAGACUGUCCUGCGGGCAGUUACUGCCAUCACACGGCAAAAGCGGCUAGGUGUUGUAAAAAAGACAAAGGUGUAAUAGAGAAGAAAGACUGUCAAGAAUCAUGGUAUGGAUGCUGUUCAGACGGUAUCACACCAGCGAAGGGUCCAAGUGGAAUAGGAUGUCCAUCUCAAUGCGGGUGUCAUCGCCUUGGGUCAGAGAAUGAGCAAUGUGAUGGUGAGGGCCAGUGUAAGUGUCGACCUGGCGUUGGAGGGCAGAAAUGCGAUAGAUGCGAGCCGGGCUAUUGGGGCCUGCCUCGUAUUGGGACUGGUCAUACUGGCUGUAUACCUUGUGGAUGUUCAGCAUUUGGGUCGGUGAGAGAAGAUUGCGAACAAAUGACAGGCCGAUGCGUGUGUAAGCCUGGAAUCCAAGGGCAAAAAUGCACCGUGUGUUCUAACCACGAACAUACUCUUGGACCGAGGGGAUGCUUUGAUCCGGAAUCAACUCAGCUACCUGCCACUAGCUGCGAGCACAUGACGUGUUAUUUUGGUGCUUAUUGCGUAGUCCGGAGCGGCCUGGCGACUUGCGAAUGUCCAAGCAUGGAGUGUAAAAAAGACCAGCCUGCUGUAUGUGGAAGCGACGGACGCACUUACCUCUCAACUUGUCAUUUAAGGGCCCACGCUUGCAGGACCCAGUCGGAUACAGUGGUCCAAGCAUUCGGUCCUUGUGCUGAUACACCCAGCGUACGGCGAGAAAAUUUACGCACAAUUCACACUGUGCAGAUAAAAAAUGAUAUAACAAGCACUUGUACUAAAAAGGCUAAGAAUUAUUUCGAGUACGAGGACGAGCAAUUCGGUACGAACGACGUGGAGGAUGUGUACCCUGUAAUAUACGACGAGUAUUUCUACGAACACGAAAACAGUUUGUAUUCGGCCCCAUUGUUCGAUGGGCGUGCUGGAAUGACAGCAGCGAUGUUAUUACCGGCUAAACGAUUCGAUAUAUGGGCUGAAGUGUCUGCCGUCUGCAGCAAAGGCACUUUAAUGAGCGCCUCAGGCGUGAGGGAUUAUUUAUGGCUGGGUAUUAUAGAUGGCAAGGCCGAAAUGCGUUUUGAUGCCGGUAGCGGGCCUUUGGAACUCCGUUCGGGGAAAGUGAAUAUUGAUAACAAGUCAAAAUUAUUGGCGCGGAGAUACAAGAAAGAUGCGAUGUUGAAUGUUGGGAGUAUCACUGCGAGAGGAACGACUCAAGGAAGAAUGAGCUCACUCGAUGUGGAACCUUACAUUCAUAUUGGGUUGCCGCCGAUGAAUGAUACAUUGUUAUCGAAAAUCGGAUUCCCUGGGUUCGUAGGAUGCGUUCACCGGCUACGGGUGAAUGGCCGUGACGUCAUCCCGCCUUCCCGGGGAAUGUCUGUUACUUCUCACGGUCUACGUGCGUGCACGCCGCAGAAUUUAGCUGAGGUAGUAUGUCCCUGAUAUAUCCCCAGAUGAUGUUAUUUACAUUGUCGAAGAACUUUAAAAUCUUACAUUAAUGUUUCAAGGAAGUUCGUAUUUAAAAAAAACUCGACGUAUCGUUUCUAAAGUUUAGGUUUAGAACAUUUUACCCUUUUUUUUGUUUUCAGACUUUGACAGUGUAAUGUUGUUUUUAUGUAAACUAGGUUUCAUUUGUGCGAAAUUGCGCUGCUAACAUUUUUAUGGUUAAUUUUCUACUUUAAGUGGAAAAUCUACAGAAUGAAGUCUAACUCUUUUUUCAAAGAAAUUCUUUUCUUCAUUGCGAAGUGACAACCCUUAAUGUUAUGGUUGUCGCUAUAAAGUAACUUUUAGAAAAAACAUUAAAAAUAUAUUAUGAAUUAUAUACGUAAAUUGUAUUCGUAUUUAAUGAAUUUACGAGUAUAAAUGAGGCAUUUUAUUUUUUUAAAGUAUUAUAAUUAUAACAAAUUUCAUGUAAUAAAUAAGACAUGUUGUUUUGACAAAUCUUGUUAAAUAAAAGUAGGUAUUUUAAAUUACUCAUAGCAUUCGUGAAUAUUGUGAUAAUUAUAGAUGUUUAGUCAUUAUUAUAAACAUAUCUACAAAAGUCUUCAGAAAGAAAUCUUUAAAACUAUUUUCAAAAGCUUACCAUGCAUGGAACAAUUUUGUAAAAUAACAUUUGGAACUAUUAAAGUUUAUAAUUA